ACGACGAUUUGGAAAUCGUUCUUCAAGAGCAUUUUCAAUUGGGCGUUGUCAGUGUGAAGACCGAUUCGAAUUUCUCGUGUGUUUUUCGCCGAACUGUUUUGCUAGUGUCAGCCGCAUAAAUUAGCUAAUAACGUUCCUGCGAUCGGUGAACAACUGUGCCAGCAAGAUGAGUCCGCCGCAACUGUUGAGCAAGGACUCCCCGGAUAUUGAGGACCUGCUUGCGCGGAAUCCUCGCGUGAAGACGCACUGCUCCGUGGUGCCCACCAAGCAGACGAAGGAGAACAAGAAGCACUGGAAGCGGAAUGCGGACCACGCCGCCCCGCCCUGCACCACGCUGGCCAACGACUUCUCGGACAUCAAGCACACCACACUGUCGGAGCGCGGAGCGCUGGAGGAGGCGGCCAGGUGCCUGAAGUGCGCGGACGCACCGUGCCAGAAGUCCUGCCCCACGCAGCUGGACAUCAAGAGCUUCAUCACGAGCAUUGCCAAUAAGAAUUUCUACGGCGCCGCCAAGGCGAUCUUCUCGGACAAUCCGCUGGGCCUGACCUGCGGCAUGGUCUGUCCCACCAGCGAUCUCUGCGUGGGCGGCUGCAAUCUGCAGGCCUCCGAGGCGGGUCCGAUCAACAUUGGCGGCCUCCAGCAGUUCGCCACCGAGGUGUUCAAGAAGAUGGGCGUCCGGCAGCGGAGGACCCCGCAGGCGGAGGCCAAUCCGUUGUCCCAAAAGAUCGCCCUCGUGGGCGGCGGCCCGGCAUCGCUGUCGUGCGCCACCUUCCUGGCCCGUCUGGGCUAUCGGGACGUGACCAUCUACGAGCGGAGAAACUAUCUGGGUGGCCUGAGUGCCGCCGAGAUUCCCCAGUAUCGUCUGCCCAUCGAUGCGGUUAACUUCGAGAUCGAUUUGGUGCGCGAUCUGGGCGUACGCAUCGAAACGGGUCGCUCGCUGGCCACCAAGGAUCUGACCAUCGAGGGCCUCCUGUCCACUGGCCAUGACGCCGUCUUUGUGGGCAUUGGACUGCCGGAACCGAAGCUGAAUCCCAUCUUCGCCGGCCUCCAGCCCAGCAAUGGCUUCUACACCUCCAAGAACUUCCUGCCCUUGGUGUCGGAUGGCUCGAAGCCGGGUCUGUGCGCCUGCAAGGCAGCCGCCGGCUUGCCCAAGCUCCAUGGCAAUGUCAUCGUGCUGGGUGCCGGCGAUACGGCCUUUGAUUGCGCCACCUCCGCGCUGCGAUGCGGUGCCCGUCGUGUGUUCGUCGUCUUCCGGAAGGGAACCUCCGGCAUCCGUGCUGUGCCCGAGGAGGUGGAGCUGGCGCGCGACGAGCGCUGCGAGCUGUUGCCGUUCCUGAGUCCGCGCAAAGUGAUCGUCAAGGAUGGCCUGAUCACCGCCAUGGAGCUCUGCCGCACGGAGCAGAACGAAAACGACGAGUGGGUGGAGGAUGAGGAGCAGACGCAGCGCCUGAAGGCGAACUUUGUGAUCUCCGCCUUUGGCUCCGGCCUGGAGGACCAGGAUGUGAGGGCGGCACUAGCGCCGCUGCAAUUCCGCGGCGAAUUGCCCGUGGUGGACAGGGUCACGAUGCAGAGCAGCGUGAAGCAGGUGUUCCUCGGCGGCGAUCUCGCCGGAGUGGCCAACACCACGGUGGAGUCGGUCAAUGACGGCAAAGUGGCCGCGUGGAGCAUUCACUGCCAAUUGCAAGGCCUGCCGCUGGACACUCCGGCUGCACUGCCGCUCUUCUACACGGACAUCGAUGCCGUGGACAUAUCGGUGGAGAUGUGCGGCAUCCGGUUCGAGAAUCCCUUCGGCCUGGCCUCCGCACCGCCCACCACCAGCACGGCCAUGAUACGGCGCGCCUUCGAGCAGGGCUGGGGCUUUGUGGUGACCAAGACCUUCGGUCUGGACAAGAAUCUGGUCACAAAUGUCUCGCCGCGCAUCGUCAGGGGCACCACGUCGGGCUACAAGUAUGGGCCGCAGCAGGGCUGCUUCCUGAACAUCGAGCUCAUCUCGGAGAAGCGGGCCGAGUACUGGCUGAAGUCGAUUGGAGAACUGAAGCGCGACUUCCCCGAGAAGAUCGUGAUAGCCAGCAUUAUGUGCGGCUUCAACGAGGACGACUGGACGGAGCUGGCCACCAAGGCGGAGCAGUCGGGUGCCGAUGCCCUCGAGCUGAAUCUUUCGUGUCCCCAUGGCAUGGGCGAGCGGGGAAUGGGCAUGGCCUGCGGCCAGGAUCCCCAGCUGGUGGAGCAGAUCUCGCGCUGGGUGCGCAAGGCGGUCAAGCUGCCCAUCUUCAUCAAACUAACGCCAAACAUUACGGACAUCGUGUCCAUUGCGGCGGCCGCGAAGCGCGGAGGAGCCGAUGGCGGAUCAGCCAUCAACACCGUCCAGGGACUAAUGGGGCUCAAGGCGGACUCCACAGCCUGGCCGGCGAUUGGCAAGGAGCAGCGCACCACCUACGGCGGCGUCUCCGGCAAUGCCACGCGUCCGAUGGCUCUGAAGGCCAUCUCCGAUAUUGCCAAUCGCUUGCCGGGAUUCCCCAUUCUCGGCAUCGGUGGCAUCGAUUCCGGCGAGGUUGCGCUGCAGUUCAUUCAUGCAGGCGCCUCUGUUCUGCAGAUCUGCUCCUCCGUACAGAACCAGGACUUCACCGUCAUCGAGGACUACUGCACGUCGCUGAAGGCUCUGCUCUACCUGAAGGCCAAUCCGCCACCAGUCGAUGGUCCCUUCUGGGAUGGCCAGUCGCCGCCCACUCCGGUCCACCAGAAGGGCAAGCCCGUUGUCCGCUUGACCGGCGAGGGCAGAGCCACGCUGGGAUUCUUUGGUCCCUACCAGCGGCAGCGGGACAUCAAGAUGGCCGAGCUGCGUAGCCAGCAGGGACCUCUUUGGGAUGCCGAACAGGUGAAGGCCUCCUGCGCUCCGCCGGCGGCUAGUGGAGCACCCAGGCCGGCACCGAGAAUCAAGGAUGUCAUCGGAGCGGCGCUGGACAAGAUCGGCUCAUACAACAAGCUGGAUAACAAACAGCAGAAGGUGGCGCUGAUCGAUGAUGACAUGUGCAUAAACUGCGGAAAGUGCUACAUGACGUGCGCCGAUUCCGGUUACCAGGCCAUCGAGUUCGACAAGGACACCCACAUUCCGCACGUGAACGACGAUUGCACGGGCUGCACGCUCUGCGUCUCCGUUUGUCCCAUCAUCGACUGCAUCACCAUGGUGCCCAAGAAGAUUCCGCACGUGAUCAAGCGGGGAGUCGAGGAGAAGACCUUCUACACCCACGCUCUCAGCCAAUGCCAGUAAAAGUCCCUAGUUCUACGCGAAAUACUGAUAGUAUAUUCCAUCUAUGUAAUUCAAUAAAGUCAAAACUUGUUUCAAAAGCA